AUGGAGAAGGGCACAGAGGACGGCGUUUGGGAAUCUGGAGUGGCAGUUGCCAAUGCUUCAUCUACUACGAUAUCCUUGUCUCAAAACAGACUGCACAGUAUGAAAUGUGGACCAUCUAAUUUGUUUACGUGUUUUAAUGGAGGCGAGUGUGUCUACAGAGAGCUGUGCAACUGCAGUCGUUUUAAUGCAACUGGACCAAGAUGCCAGACAGUGUAUAAUACAGGUGCUGAAAGAGAUCAUAUAUGCAGAACAUGGGGUCAAUACAAUUUUGAAACUUUCGAUGGACUCUAUUAUUAUUUUUCUGGGAAAUCCACAUAUGCACUUGUGAGACAUACUGAAUUAGAUGAGCAGAGUUUUUCCAUACAGGUGAAUAAUGAUCCUGAGUGCCAUUCUUCUCCUUAUUCCUGCACAAGGUCCAUUAGUUUAUACUUUUCUGGAGAUGAACAGAUAAAGAUGAGCAGUGAAGUCACUUAUAAAGGAUUUGGAGUACAGUUACCCUAUAUCAUUGGUAACUUGCACAUCCAGAAGCUAGCUGGCUACUUCCUGGUCAGGCACCAGUACGCCUUCACUCUGGCCUGGGACGGCACGUCUGCCGUGUACAUCAAAAUGGCACCGGAGUACCUGGGCAGAACACACGGGCUGUGUGGGAACAACAAUGCUGUCCUGCAGGAUGACCUUGAAACCAGUUAUGGAAAACUGACGGAUGAUGUAACAGAAUUUGUAGAGAGCUGGCAGGAAAAUCCUCCACAAGGAACACCCAACUGGGAUAAGUCUGUUCUCAGUGAGCCGCCUUGCCUGAGACAAAGCUAUGAAUCUCUACAGAGUGCAUACGCUCUGUGUAAUAUCCUGUUACAUCCCCCGUUUGAACCAUGCCACGAAUAUGUGAGUCCUCUUCCUUUUAUGGCAAGCUGCACCAAUGACCUUUGCAUGUCAGCAGCUGAUGAUGCAACCUGGUGUCGAGCACUAACUGAAUACGCCAGAGCAUGUGCCCAGGCAGGAAAGCCGCUUCACGGAUGGCGAAUGCACUUUGAGCAGUGUGCAAUUACCUGUCCUGAACCCUUCACCUACAAUGAAUGCAUCAACUGUUGCCCUGUUUCAUGUCAUCAACGAUCACAGUGCAUUGGCAGUGAGCUUCCCUGCAUUGAUGGAUGCUACUGUCCAGAGGGAUUAAUUUAUGAAAAUGAAUUGUGUGUUAAGCCAAUGGACUGUCCUUGUGACUAUCAUGGAAGUUUCUUUGAAACGGGUUCAGUGGUUUAUGAAGAAUGUAAUAACUGCACUUGCAUUGGAGGAAAGUGGAUUUGUACAAAUCUAACAUGUCCAGCUGAAUGCUCAGUUUCAGGAGACAUUCAUUUUGUGACCUUUGAUGGGCGCAAAUACACUUUCCAAGCUGCCUGCCAAUAUGUCCUAGCCAAAAGCCGUACGUCUGGAGCCUUUACCAUAUCCUUGCAAAAUGCUCCUUGUGGGCAGAACCAGGAUGGAUCAUGUAUCCAAUCAAUCAGCCUUAUUCUUAAGCAGGACCCCAAGAGGCAAGUGACUCUGACUCAUUCAGGAGAUGUUUUGAUAUAUGACCAAUACAAAAUUAACCUGCCUUAUGCAGAUGAUUUCUUUGAAAUACGGAAGCUCUCCUCUGUAUUUCUCCAAGUAAAGACACACAUUGGAUUGCAGAUCCUGUAUGACAGCCAGGGACUGAGGCUGUACCUUCAAGCUGAUGGACGGUGGAGAGAUGAUACUGUGGGCCUUUGUGGAACCUUCAAUGGAAAUAUGGAGGAUGACUUUUUAUCUCCAGUUGGAGUAACAGAGAGCACUCCAGAGCUGUUUGGAAACUCAUGGAAAACUUCUUCAGCAUGUGUUCUUGUGCAUGAUGGUUCACAAAUGGAUCCGUGUGAUAUUCAUCUGCAGGCAGCCUCUUAUGCAGCAGAAGCUUGUAGUGUCCUUACCAAAGAACUUUUUGCUCCAUGCUACCCCUAUUUGAGUCCCGUUACCUACUUUGAGCAAUGCAGAAGAGACACUUGCAAAUGUGGACAGGUUUGUUUUUGCUCUGCUCUGGCCCAUUACGCUCAUCAGUGCCGAAGAUUUGGAGUUGUCAUAGAUUUCAGAGGAGGUGUCCCAGACUGUGCUCUUUCAUGUGAAGAUACAAAGGAGUACAGUACUUGUGUAUCUACGUGUGACAGAACCUGCCAAGCCCUGUCUGUGCCAGAGACAUGCAGCAGUGAUUGUGUUGAAGGCUGUGCUUGUCCCUCUGGAAUGUAUUUGAAUUCCAAGACUGAACGAUGUGUACAGAGAAAUGAAUGCCCUUGUUAUUUUCAAGGAAUUGACUAUCCCCCUGGAGAAAAUGUUAUGACAUCUUUGGGCAAAUGCCAUUGCAGGGAUGGAGUAAUGAAUUGUGAUAACAACGUAAUAGCACACAGCUGCCCAGACGGACAGAUUUAUAUUAACUGCAGUAAUCCCCAAGUUGAUCCUGCACUCAGCAGAGAGCGAACUUGUGAGAAUCAGCUGCUAAACCUCACUUUCUCAGCACACCUUCCUUGUGUUUCUGGUUGUGUCUGCCCACCUGGCCUUGUUAAACAUGGGGUUGUGUGCUUGGAUGCAGAUGAAUGUCCAUGUUUAUGGAAAGGAAAGGAAUACUUUCCAGGUGACAAAGUAAUUUCUUCCUGUCAUACAUGCAUCUGCCAGCACGGAUCAUUUCAAUGCACCUUCCACCCCUGCCCUUCCAUGUGCACCGCCUAUGGGGAUCGGCACUACAGAACGUUUGAUGGACUGACCUUUGACUUUGUUGGAACUUGUAAGGUUUACCUAGUUAAGGAUACUUCAACCAAGUUCUCUGUCAUUAUAGAGAAUAUUAACUGUUUUAAUACUGGAAUCAUUUGCAGAAAAAACAUUUUCAUUAAUGUUGGAAAAUCUUUUUUAAUAUUUGAUGAUGAAACUGGAAAUCCAAGCUUCUCUAGUUACAUAGACAAAGUACAAAAAAUACAGUUAUGGAAAGCUGGAUUUUUCACUGUUGUUCAUUUUCCUGAUGAGCACAUCACCAUUCUCUGGGAUCAGAGAACAACAGUUCAUGUACAGAUGGGUCAUCAGUGGCAGGGUAAAUUGACUGGACUAUGUGGAAAUUUUGAUUUGAAGACAGUAAACGAAUUGCGGACUCCAGAUAAUUUUGAGUUAACAAACUCACAAGAGUUUGGAAACAGCUGGACAGCUGUAGAGUGUGUUGACAGCUCUGACAUCCGAAAUCCAUGCAGUUUGAAUCCCCUCAGAGAGCCAUUUGCCAAGAAGGAAUGUGGAAUACUGUUAAGUGAAGCAUUUGAAGCCUGCCAUCCAGUGAUUGAUGUCACCUGGUUUUACUCAAACUGCUUGACAGAUACGUGUGGUUGUAGCCAAGGAGGUGACUGUGAGUGUUUCUGCACAAGUGUGUCAGCAUAUGCCCAUCAGUGCUGCCAGCAUGGAGUUGCUGUAGACUGGAGGUCCCCUCGGGUGUGUCCUUAUGAUUGUGAAUAUUUCAACAAAGCUCUGGGCAAGGGCCCAUACAAGCUGAUCAGCUAUUUGGAUGGAGAAUUUGUAAUGGCAGUGAAACUAGUGGAUGGUGUUGUUUUCCCAGUGAAAGAAGAAGAUAUUGUUCCUGGACAUGCAGUGAGCUUUAUGCUGACUUCAGGACUUUAUAAACCCAAAGCACACGACUCCAACUUGAUUUCAUUUGAAAUAGCUGAGAGACCAAACUAUUUUCUUCAGCUGGUCUCAAAUAAUACUCUUGUUCUUUCUAAAUGGAGAAAAAGUGAAGAGUUUCACAACAGGUCUACAUUUGUCAUUCACAAGAAUACAUGGCUUUCAGGAUACAGUUCCUUUGAGUCAUUUGCAAAACCAGGGUACUUCAUACACAUUUCUGCCUCUUCAGUUGAGCUUUUGAAGUACCACCAUUCAGAGGAGUUCAGACUGUCAACUCUUUUUAAACUUGAAGAUGUCAAAUUUACAUUUCUGUCCCGUUCUGCAUGUGAAUGGCAUUAUGAUGCCUGUACAAGCCCUUGUUUCAAGACGUGCAGGGACCCUUUGGGAAAAGUCUGUCAGGAAGUUCCAAAAGUGGAAGGAUGUGUCCCUGCCUGUCCUCUCAAUAUGUUGCUGGAUGAAGUCACUCAAAGAUGCGUGUAUUUUGAAGACUGCAUUGAACCUGCAGAUUAUAAUCUCCCUUUGACACCUAGCAUUCAAACACCAGCCGUUUCAUCAAGUACAAGUUUGGCAGUGAUCAGUGAAGUCAUAACUUCAUUUCCUGAACCAGAAGCAAAGGACAUGGAAACAACACUUGCUUCAAAAUUGAAACUCACUGCAGUUACAGGGAAAACUGCAGUCUCAGCUGCUACAUCUAAUGCAACACUUCCAACCAUAAUUUUGUCAUCAAAUAUUUCUUCACAGUCAACAGAAAUGACAUCUGGGAGAAGCACUACAGCAGUGUCCAGGACAACAGGAUCUAAUGUAAGCUUGUCUUCUCCUGUUGGCAUUUCUUCAUUGUUCCCAUCUACUCUCAGUUCAGAAACUUCCAUGAAGAUACCUCUGAUCAGUAGUGGUUCCACUAAACUAUUGAGGGCUACAGAACCUCAGGCAGUAACUACUACACAUGCAGUGACUACAGGCACAGAAUCAGAAACCAAAACAAUUGCUACUUUUAUUUUUACUGGGGCACCGCUUACACUUAGAACAACAGAAAUGCCAGUCAAAACAAAAAUGAUGGAAAUAUCAGAAAUAGCCACAAGAACACUUCCCACAAAAGAAGCACAAGUAAAACCAGAAGGACUUACAAUGUUUAUGCCCAGUCCAUUUGAAUCAAGAACAGAAAAAACUACAGCACAUCUACCCCAGCCUUCCACAUCACCCCCUCUGAGCAUGCCUUCUUAUACACCACCAGUUAAUCUAACAGGAACUUCAGGAGGGAUGAAUACAAGCCUAGGACAGCCUUUUACCACAGCAGCUAAUGUUACAGUAACAUCAUUUGCUCCUGUGAUCACUACUUUGUUAAAACCAGCAUCUUCAGCAACAACAGAAGCAGAAAUUGUUUUAACCAAACAAAGCCUGAGGACUACAUUAUCACCAACAUCCACACCAACUAUUUCAUUAGAAAAGGCAAUGACGGAAUCUCCUGUUGAAAUGGUUCAACACCUGGCUGGUACUGCAGAGGUACCUUUCACUACAGUUCUAGGUCCAAAGGCAACAACUUCACAAACUCAGGAGACAUCAUCAGAAACAACUUUGUUAUCAUUUACAGUUCAUACAAAGGAGACUCCCAAAACAAAAUCUCAUGUGGAGCACAUGCCAAGUUCCUAUUUCCCUCCAUAUUCACUGCAUCCUAGUUCUACAACUGAAAAAUCCAUCACUCUUUCUACAGAAAGACCUUCAGUGUCUGUUCCUACUCCUGCUUCUCCAGCUUCCGGUGAAUUAAAAAAAACAUUUAAAACUGUUUCAACUACAGGAUAUCCCUCAUAUACAGUUUUAAACACAACAGAGUUCCUGACGACAUUAUACACUAAAUACCCUGUUGUAACUGAGGUAACAUCCAAAAUAACAUCUUCUGAAUCAGGAGCAGUGUCAACUUUGUUUUCUGGAAAAACAUCUACCAAAUACAAGUCAACUCUGGUUUCAAGUACAGCAAAGACAAGCACUUCAGCAUAUUCAGGUAGUGAAUAUUCAUCGAAAGAAACCACCACACUUCCUUUUGUAGCUACAGAAGAGGAGUCGGCUCGAAGAACAUUGGUCACUGGAUCUCCACUUCCUCUUCUUAGUGCAACUGAAACCACAUCAUUGACAACCCAGCCAGAUAAAUCACAAAUGGAAAGGUUUACUAGCAUCUCUACCAGAAAGUCAUCUGCUUCCCCUUUUUCAACAAGUUCUCUAAUAUCUUUAAACAUUUCUCUCCCUUCACUACCAUCAUAUGCAAAAGAAAUGUCUUUGACAGGUCUCAGUCCCAUGCAUACAUCCUAUGAUGCCAAAGAAAAAUCAACUCUGUCUUCUUCUAUUGUACUUCCAGUAACAAAGUCUUCUGCCACUUUCUCCACCUCUCAGUAUCUAGCAGAUAAAUCGGUUUCUUCGCUUUCUUUAACACAAAUGAUACCAGAAGCAACAACCACAACAGCAUUGAAAUCUACAGUCCCAAGUAUAGCAGAUACAGUAAAAUUUACAGCAGUCACAGCUCAGCCAUCCUUUCCUCCAUCUUCAGUGGGCCCCUUCUCUCAGCAAACAUCUUCAGGAGAUAAACCUUCAGUACAGACCACAAAGACCAUGGUUAUACCAUACUUUUCUACUCAGAAGGCUAUGGAACUUGGUCGUCAGACUUCUGAGCCUUCAUUGUUAAGCCAAAGCACCACCUCAGUUUACCAAUAUCCUGCAGAAACUCUAACAAAAUCCACUGGUGAGCCACAACGUGUCUUUGGCACAACUGAAGCUACAGUAGAAUUAACUUCUUCAUACUCCUUAAUCACCUCUCUACCUGAAGCUGCAUCGUCAGUCAGUACUACUCAAACUUCAAAACCUGAAAUAUCAUCUGAGCUACAAAUGCCUUCUGUGAGUUCACUGCUAGUGGUAUCUGACCAUCCAAAUGAUACAACAGCUCCAUCAGUUUCUGGUUUUGCCUCUGUAUCUACCAAACCGCUUCAUGGCUUGACUACAACAUUUUCUGAUGAACUGGCAACAGCUGAAGCUGUGUCAGGAGUCACAGCAUCAGCUUUUAUGCUGCCUAGAGAAACAGCAACUCUUCAAACUUGCACACCCAUUACAGACACUGAGUGCAUAAAACACAUUUGCUUGGAUGGACAACUGAUCCAAGUUAAUAAGUCACAGACCUGCCCGUACAAUACAACUCAACCCAGCUGUGGAGUUUUAGGAUUUGCUACUCAAAUGAAUGGUGACAAAUGCUGCCCAAAGUGGGAAUGUGCAUGUCGUUGCACAAUUUUCUCUGAUCUGAGCAUUGUAACCUAUGAUGGAAAUCAUUUGGCUUUAUUCAAAGAAGCAUCCUACAUUGUUAGUCAAACUCAAGAUGAAACUAUAACUGUCCAUGUCCUUGACUGUAGAACGAGUAAUACAAGUUCAACAUCUUUGUGCCUGGCAAUGUUGAAUCUAACCUAUGUAUCAAACCAAAUUAUUAUCAAUCGUUUAAGUAGAAAAAUAACAGUAAAUUCAAGAUUUGCUUGGCCAACUGUUAGGAAAUACGGAUACAGAGUUGAGGAUUCGGGCUUCAAGUAUGCAGUUGAGACACCAACAAAAAUCAGAAUUCAGUGGUUUCACAGCACAGGUGUGAUGAUUAUUGAGUUUAAUAGUACCAGAGAACCACGAGCUUUGGGACUAUGUGGGUUUUGUGAUGGAAGCUUGGAAAACGAUCUGAUGCUGCCCAACAGGACAGUUUUAAGCAAAAGCAGUGCUCCAUCCACUUUUAUAGACAGCUGGCAAGUGCCAGACACGUUAAAGUAUGUUGGAGAAGACAGGCAUCAGGAAACUAAUUGUUCAGUCAUGGACUGCUCAGAGUGCUUAAGAAUGGUGUUGAACCAGACCUUCAGCAGCUGCCAUCCUUAUGUUCCACCUGAGUUAUUCUGUGAUAUAUGGGUUCAAGACACUGAGUACAUCCGAAAUCCAUGCAUUUCACUAGCUGCCUACGUGGCAAUGUGCAACAAGUUUAAUAUUUGUAUAGAAUGGAGGAGCUCUGACUACUGUCCCUUCCCCUGCUCUGAAAACUUCUCUUAUCAGGCUUGUAUAGCUGCCUGUGAGGUUCCAGAUACCUGUCAGAAUAAUGAAGUUGCUUCUCUGGACCUAGACUCCUGCUCAGUGUUGACAGAAGGCUGCGUCUGUGCGGGAGGGACCAUCCUUCACCGAGCUCACACUGCUGUCUGUAUUCCUGAAGAAAAAUGUGCCUGUACAGACAGCUCGGGAGCACCUCAUGCAGUAGGUGAGAUCUGGGAAACUUCUUUGAGCGGAUGCUGUAGGCAAAAAUGUGUUGACAGUGAGACCAUUAUUCCAGUGGAGUACAACUGUUCAGAUACCCACACCUUAGACUGUCAGCGAUUUGCAGAAGUCGCCCUGCUUGUUCCUGGUGAUCAGAUGUGCUGUCCUCAGAAGAUCUGUAUUUGUAAUCAGAGCCUCUGUGAACCCCUAAUCCCUGAGUGUAAUGGCUUGGAAAAGCUGGUCACUUACUACAAUGAAAAAUCCUGUUGUCCCGACUAUGUUUGUGAAUGUGAUCCAGAAAAAUGUGAACCAGUGGAGCAGAUGCCAAGCUGUCGAGAUGAUCAGACACUGAUUGCUGCUCGGGUGGAGAGUACCUGCUGCAUUUCCUACAUAUGUGCAUGCGGGCCUUGCUCUGAUCAAAUACCCAAAUGUCAAGAAGGAGAAGUUCUUAUUGUGGAUGGCAACACUACAGAGAGCUGUUGCCCUACAUACCAGUGUAUUUGUGAAAUACAUCGUUGUCCUGAAUUCAGGUGUGUGGUAGGCAUGUCUUUGGUGGAGGUGUGGAGCCCAGAGAAGUGCUGCCCCUUCCGGAGAUGUGAAUGUGCAUGCGAAACUAUCCCCAAACCUCAGUGCAAACCGGGGCAGAAACUUCAGAUAGAUGAACAGUUUCAGAACAGUACAGAAAAUAUCUGUAACUGUGUUAAGUACAAAUGUGUGAGGGACAAAGUUUGCUUGAGUAGUGAGAGAGGUGUGCUGCUUCCUGGACAGACGAUCGUGGAGCACAGCGCAGACGGCGUUUGCCAUGUUUCCUAUUGUACAGAUGUGAUCGACCCCUCCACUAAAUACUACAGGAUAAACAUGUCUUCAGUAGACUGUGCUGUCAAGUGCAAAUCUAACCAAGUCUAUCAGCCUCCAAAAGAUUUAACAACCUGCUGUGGUAGCUGUAAGAACUUGUCUUGUCUCCACACUUUUAGCAAUGGCACAGUUUCCAAUUUUAAGCCUGGCACUGUUUGGAUUUCAAACUGCAUCAGAUACGAAUGCACUAACACAGCAGUGGGACCAGUUCUGGUUUCCUCCUCAGUUGGCUGCCCACCCUUUAACGAAACUGAAUGUGUGAAGGUCGGAGGCUAUGUUGUGCCAUUCUUAGAAGGAUGCUGCAAAACAUGUAAGGAAGAUGGAAAAUUCUGCAAAAAGGUGACUGUUAGGAUGACUAUCCGCAAGCAUGACUGCAGGAGUAACACACCAGUGAACAUUGUUUCAUGUGAUGGAAAGUGCCCGUCUGCAAGCAUUUACAACUACAACAUCAACACGUACGCAAGAUUCUGCAAAUGCUGCAGGGAGCUCGGGCUACAGAGACGAACUGUGCCGUUGUAUUGCACCAGUAAUUCAACCUGGGUCAGUUAUUCAGUCCAAGAGCCCACAGACUGUUCUUGCCAAUGGUCUUAA